AUGGCUUUCACAACAACCUCUUCCCCAGUCUCCUCGUUCGGCCAGCUCACUACCAUCUUCACGCCGCCCGCAACUUGCUUGGACAACUGCUAUGGCGGCGGAUUGUCGAUAUUGCAGGCAGAACUGGGUUACGACCAGUUUCAUGGGCUAUGGCACACCGAGUGUUUCCCUCCAAAUCACAACCCCAAUAGAUCGAUCGAUCCGGUAGGCUGGUAUUCACCUGGCGUCUGCCCAUCGGGUUAUUCUGCAGCACUGGUUUCUACCACGACAGAGUCAGCCCUGGAAUCACAAUACAGCUCUGACGGUUUCAGCAUCUCGUCCAUCGCUGAUGAAACAACCGUGUGGUGCUGCCCCGCGGGAUACAGCAUGCCUUGGCCGGGGAUUAUUGGUUGUUCAUCAUUGGCUGAAAACAUCGUUGUUACGAGUUGUUCUGACAAUAGCUAUACGAGAACGACGACGCAAAACCCAUCACUGGGACCUGUAACUUUUUGGACAUGCGAGAGCGACAAAACAAUUUCGACUUCGGCAUCGGUUCUGCCGGCUUACGCAGAUCCAAUAUAUGUGAAAUACAGGCCAUCUGACCUUCCGGUACUGCAGAAGGUGAGCCCAACCUGGGGUGAAUGGGCAAACGCGAAAGCUACGGUCACUGGCGCGACAUCAUCCUCAGGCGCCCAAACAGGCUCGGCGUCCUCUAUCUCAUCUGGCGGGCUGUCUCAAGACGCGAAGAUUGCGAUAGGCGUAACUAUUCCCGUCGUAGUUAUCUCCCUUGUCUUAGGUGCCUUUGUUGUGAUGAGAUGGCAUCGGAAGGGACCACAUUCUUCGCUAGCUCGAGAGCCGGGUCUGGGGGUGGAAAAGCCGGAGCUGGAUGGCCAGAGAGUGCCAGGUUCGACGGGAGAAAGAAAAGAAUUAUCUGGCACACAGGAGAACGUGAUAAUUCCAACCCAUAUUCCCGAGCUCCAUGGCGAGUCGUAUCAACCGCAACCAGUUGAGAUCGAUGGACUACAUUCCAAUCUUGUUUCGGAGUUGGACAGAGCGAGAUAG